UUUAAGCUGUGUUUUGAGGGUUACAAAUUGAGUAGCACGGGGCAUGAUGUUCUGCUGUGUGUCUCGGAUUUAGUUCGUCUGUCUCUUCUUCUUUUUCUGACCUUACGGAAACAAUGCGGCCUUUAUACAUUGCAGCUAUUCUUCUGUGUGUUGCUAGUGCCACAGAGGGAAAAGCAGUCCCUCCCCUUCCUAAUUUUGGAAAGACUUAUCAUGUCAAAGGUGUGAUUUCUCUGCCCUAUGCAGAGAUUGUGGAGCCAUUUGAGGCCUGGUUUGACUUAGCAGCGAAGUCCAGCCGAAUAGACUACUAUCAUGGCCAAGUUUCUACUUACCAGUUGGCGUCUCAGCAACAGUUUGGCGUUUCCUAUAAAAUCACUCCUGAGACCACAGAGGUGGAGCAAAAUGUGAUGAAGUGCUUCCAGGUUAAUGGAACCAAGGAUGAAGCAGUCACACCUCAGGCAUCGUUGCCUGAUGUACAGGGCUUCCAGUUCCUGAGAAUGGAGUACUUUGGAGGUUCCCUGUGUCAGGUGUGGCAGAAUGUGACCACUGUGGGUUUCAAGAAGAACACAUAUACACUGUGGGUGACAACUUCAGAGAAAGGUGCUGAUGGCAAAAUAGGCUCUGCCAUACCCCUCCAUUAUGAGAUGAUGGGGUACAACACGCUGCUGGGGUCCCAUUAUGACAAGUAUUUGGUGGACUACAAGGAGUUCAGCACUAAUUUUGAUCCCAAAGUCUUCUCACUGCCUGAAGGGAUGAGCUGUGGAGGCUUUCCAGGUCCUGGAGUGGAGCACCACAUGCUAGCUAAUCCGAUGAAAGAUCUCAUCCACACCUCAGCUUCAGGCCACUCACAGAAGAUGUUCAGUCAUUUCAAGGACAAGUUUCAGCGUCAGUACAAUGACGAAAGAGAGCACGAGAAGAGAGAGCAUGCGUUUGUUCAUAAUCUCCGGUAUGUCCACUCUAAGAACAGAGCUGGGCUGUCCUUCUCUCUGUCUCUGAACUCCUUAGCAGACCGCACCAUGUCAGAGUUGUCAACUAUGAGGGGAAGAAAACAAAGAAAGACCCCAAACAAAGGACUCCCUUUCCCCUCUAAAGCUUACAAAGGGGUGAAAGUACCUGAGUCACUGGACUGGAGGCUGUAUGGUGCUGUGACUCCUGUGAAGGACCAGGCCAUUUGUGGCUCCUGCUGGAGCUUUGCCACCACUGGGGCAGUAGAGGGCGCUCUCUUCUUAAAGACGGGCUCCCUGCAGGUCCUGUCUCAGCAGAUCCUGGUGGAUUGUUCCUGGGGUUUUGGCAAUAAUGGUUGUGAUGGAGGAGAGGAGUGGAGAGCGUACGAGUGGAUUAUGAAACAUGGAGGCAUCGCCACAACAGAAACCUAUGGAGCAUAUUUGGGAAUGAAUAGUUUUUGCCACGUGAAUUCAUCCCAGCUUACCGCACGUAUCCAGAGCUACACCAAUGUUACAUCUGGCAAUGCAGAGGCCCUCAAACUGGCUCUCUUUAAAAACGGGCCAGCAGCCGUCAGUAUUGACGCCUCACAUCGAUCAUUUGUUUUCUACAGUCACGGCGUCUACUAUGAACCAGCUUGUGGUAAUACUACAGAUGAUUUGGACCAUGCUGUACUUGCAGUGGGAUACGGCACCUUGAACGGGGAGCCAUACUGGUUGAUAAAGAACUCUUGGUCCACCUACUGGGGCAAUGAUGGGUACAUCUUGAUGUCUAUGAAAGAUAACAACUGUGGUGUCACUACUGAUGCUACUUAUGUUACACUGGCAUAGAUGCUGCUUCUGUCCCCUCCGUAAAGCUUAAUGGUAAUAAAAUUAAUCUUAAACCACUUUGUGAGUGCCUGGAAUCGAGCAACACUCAAUGUUGGGUGUGUGAAGAUGUAGUUAUUGCAUCAAAUUAACCUGCCUGAUAAAAAUUUAAAUAUUGCUGCUUUGAUGAUGUACAACUUGCACACAGAAUAAAUCCACUUUCUCAAACAAGUUUAUUGCUGGAGGAACCAAGGCAAUACGCCUUCUUUUCAGUUAGGUAAUGUACAUUUUGUGACACAUUUAUGUUUUUUGUUAGAAAAUUGUUGCAUUCAAAUGCAUUGGACAAGGAAUCAUGACAAUAAAAAACUUCUUUAAAAGUAA